UAUGACAACGAAUCUUCUGCAGUGCCAACAAAUACACAUAACCACACUUCGCUCAAUACUUUUUGUUUACACAUUGUUUAUAUAGCUCAUACUCAGAAGUGAAAAAAAUAACGUAAAUUACUGAAUAUAAGUUAUAUCUUACUUGAAUUAUGGCUGAAGAUAGGGAAGACGACGUGGAGCCAGAAGAUGCGAUUUCUCAGGCAACAAUACGGGGACCAUCAUCGCAAGCAAAUGGAUCGAUAUACUCAAGCUACGCUGUAGAAGAAAUGAAGCAACUCAGUCAUGAAUCAGUUACGCCUCAGAACUCGUAUCAGAUCAAGCCAAGCUUUCAAGACAUCUUUAAAGAAGUGCCAGUAAAAACCAUAAUCCGAAACGUCCAGUUCAAUACUCUAGAAGGCAAAUCAUAUGAUGCAGAUAUUGCAAAGAAAUGGACCAUACAAAUGGCAAAUGAAAUAAAUGAAAAAGUUAAAGAUAUAGAAAUGAAAAGAUAUAGACACAUAGUGCAAGUGGUGAUUGGGGAACGGAAGGGCCAAGGAGUGAAAUCAGGCGUGAGGUGCAUUUGGGACUCAGAAAUCGAUACGUGUUGCAGUGAGAUUUUCAUGAACGAUACAAUAUUUUGCGUCGUUACAGUGUUCGCGGUAUUUCUUUAUUAGCAAAAUAAAUAUAUAUAUAUAUAUGUAGAAUCAGUU